CCUCAGCACAAAGGACUCACACUCGUCCACAAUGGCUGAUUCAAACCCUGAUAAGAAGCUGACAGAGGACGAGAGCGGCAGUCCAAAAAGGAGCAAGAAGAAGCAAAAGAAGGAAGAUGCCUGGAGACCAAAGGGAACCAAGGACCCAUUUGCCAUGCUGAACUCUCUUCCAGAGAACAAGCAGCAGGAGAUCCAGAGAGCCCUCCACCUCUUCUCCCUGGGCCCAAGUAUGCCCAAAACCCUGCAGCAGGCCAAAAAGCACAUAUAUCGCUUCUGGGAAACACAGCCGGUCCCCAGACUGGAUGGUGCAGGUGGCGGUAGUGUGACUCAUGGCCCGAUAGUAAAGGGUGAAUCCAACUUUCGAAAGGAGCCCUACUCUCUACCUCAAGGUUUCUCCUGGGACACUCUGGACCUGAGCAGCUCUACGGUGCUGAGAGAGCUAUGCACUCUACUGAAUGAGAACUACAUGGAGGAGGAUGACAACACUGUCAGAUUUGACUUCUCACUGGAGUAUCUGCAAUGGGCUCUACAACCUCCUAACUGGCUGGCCCAGUGGCACUGUGGUGUGCGAGUAAACACCAAUAACAAGUUGGUGGGCUUCAUUGCUGCUGUUCCUGCAGAUGUCCGCAUAUAUGAGACGGAGAAGCGGAUGGUGCAGGUCAAGUUCCUGUGCGUUCAUAAGAAGCUGCGUCUCAAGCGGAUGACUCCAGUUCUGAUCCGAGAGCUCACCAGACGGGUCAACCAGCAGGGUGUCUACCAGGCUGUCUACACAGCUGGCAUAGUGCUGCCCACACCGCUGAGCUCCUGCAGAUACUGGAAUCGCCCUCUGAAUCCCCGGAAGCUGUCGGAGGUGAACUAUCCAGGUCUGAGACAGACCAUGAACCUGCAGAGAGCUGUUAAAUUCAACCGUCUGCCUGAGGUGACAAAGACACCGGGUCUGCGCCAUAUGACUAAAGAAGAUGUUGCAGGGAUACACUCUCUACUCCAGGCAAACCUCUGCAAGUUCCACCUCAGCCCCAUCUUGUCUUUGCAGGAAGUAGAGCACUGGCUGUUGCCGAGGGAGAACGUGAUUGACACCUAUGUUGUGGAGGGUGAUGAUGGCGCACUGACAGGCGUGGUGAGUUUCUAUAGCGUCUCCUCCAGGGUGCUGAAUCACCCGGUCCACACUGGCCUGAGGGCGGCUCACCUCCUUUAUGUUGCCUCUACUGCUGCAGACCCCGUCGACCUCAUGGAGGACACACUGGUCCUGGCUAAAUCUAAAGGUUUUGAUGUCUUCUCUGCUCUCGACGUGAUGGAUAACAAGAGUUUCCUGGAGAAGCUCAAGUUCAGCAUCAAUGACACAAGCCUUCAUUACUACCUGUACAACUGGAUGUGUCUCAAUAUGAGCGCAGACAAGGUACUCAGUACUGUGAUAUCUCCAACUGUUAAGACACAUCACCUCGUAUCUUAUCAAAGUAGAAUGAAACUCUUUGUUCCGAUGUCUCUUUAUGCAAUGUUGAUACAUUUCAGAGGGAAAUAUUGUACUUUUUACUUCACUACAUUUAUUGACAGAUUUAGUUACUAGCUACUAUACAAAUUAAGAUUUAAAUGAUAAAACAGGUAAGAGCAUAUGAAUUAUGAUGUUUUUAAAAAAUCAAACUGCCCAACAGCUUAUAUAAGUAGAGCUGAAAUGAUUAGUUGAUUAAUUGAUUACUCAUUUUUCAUGCAAAAACAUUUCAUGGUUCCAGCUUCAGAAAUGUUAGGGUUUUAAUUAUAACAAUUAACAUAAUUAUUUUUAUAGUAAUGUUGAGGUUUGUACUGUUGGUUGGACAAAACAAGCAUUGUGAUGGUGUCACUUUGGGUAAUUGUGACGGCAUUUCAUCCUACUUUCAGAAUUUUUACAAACAAAUCAGUUGAUUAAAGGAGAAAACAAUCAGCAUAUGAAUCCAUAAUGAAAAUAAUAGAGAAUUAGCUCCUCCAGCUCCUCCAGCAGCUAUCCAAUCUUGUUUUUACAUUAAUACAUUAAUAAUAAUGAUCUAGUGAUAUAAUGUAUAAUAGUGUGACAAUCACAGGGACAUUUAUCUCCAUUGAGUACUGUUACUUAUAAGACUUUAAGUACAUUUCCCUGAUUAUACUUACAUUAUAUUAUACUUAUACUAACAUAUGUAGAAUGACCUCACAAAAAACACACAAAAAUCUGAAAUAAAAACUUUUAGAAAAUGUGAUUUAUGUAUCAGAACAUUUUGUGUCAUAUAAGUUUUUAACAUCAGACCGUGACAUACGCUGUUGGUUCAGUGGGGAUGAUUGUAGGAUUUCACAGCUGUCAGCCAUCAGUCAUUCACAGUAAUGAGAAUAUGUUUUACAGGUGGGCCUGGUGUUACCAAACUAACCUGCCACUGAAACGAGACUGUGGGGACGAUGAAAGGACCGCAGUCAUUGGCAGAAUGUGAAACUGCAUCACCAACACGCAUCUGGUUUCACAAUAUAAACUGACAAACUGUAAAAAAUACAUGAAAUAAAAAUGA